AUGCGUUCUCCUCGCCGCAACGGCGCAAGCGCAGAUAGCCCGCCCUUCAAACGACUCUACCGACCUUUAUCUCCCAAUGCUUUAUACGAAUUUCAAAUUAAUGACGAGACAGUUUCCGCUGCCAAAGGCCAAUCUAGCACCACUGACUGGAAGCCUGAGAAGGAUAUUCCGGGAUGGCGUCGAUUCGUUCCCAUAGGCGCCAACAACGCCUCCGAUGUCAGGGGGAAUAAUAUUGCCUAUAUCAGCUGCGACGACUCGGCUUACCCGGGGAAUCUUAAAGCGGAUGACACAAUCCGGACAGUUGUGCUCACAGACUCCCGUCCGAAAGCAAUCGUUCUUUACAGCACAAAGUUUGAGCACUGCAACUACUCCUCCACAGGCCUAACCUGGCCUCCGUACAGGAAUGUUUUCACCGUCACCGAUGUCCAAGUCUCCCGCGACAUACUAGCUGGUCUGUUCUCCGAGUCUCAGUCCAAUGAAGAGAUGUCAGAUAUAGUUCCAGACCUGGAGGAAGAUUUGCCAAGACCUGGGAAUGAUCAUGGUCGGAGAAACAAUGCAGCGCCAGCAGCCAUGAUCAUUCUAUAUAGUAUCACGGGCAUCAUCACUGCUCUAUUCCUUAGCGUCAUCGUCACCGGCGCCAUACGAGCACAUCUCAAUCCGGAGCGCUAUGGGCCUCGCAACAUUGUUGGUCGCCCACGCCAGAGUCGCGCCAAGGGGAUUGCACGUGCAAUGCUGGAAACAAUACCCAUUAUCAAGUUUGACGACUCUAGCGAUGGGACUAAACAAACCGUGAAGUCCGAUAUCGAGAUGGUGUCGAACGAUGGAGGUGGCGAGCAUGAUCUGAGUAGAAAUGGUACGGGGCAAGGAGUCGAUGGAGUGAAAAUCCCCGGUUCUCAGACGGAACCACAAGAGGAGCAGCAGCAGCAGCAACAACAACAACAACAAGCACAGCAGCAACAGAAACAACAAGAAUCGUUGCAGGAGCAGGAAGAUAAACCAACCGCGUCGCCUAGGGCUAAGGCAACAGACAGGGAAUCACACUGUGACGGCUCCAUCGGCCCGGCAUCACCAGAACCCCAAGUUAUCAAUCCCGACGUACCACCUGAAACGGGCACGUUGGGAUGCCCGAUCUGUACAGAUGACUUCAUAAAGGGCCAAGACGUGCGACUUCUACCCUGCCAGCACAAAUUUCACCCCGAAUGCGUUGACCCCUGGUUAAUAAAUGUCUCCGGCACUUGUCCUCUCUGCCGCGUAAACCUCAACCCCCCAGACUCCGACAACGCUGAUGGAUCCGACCACGAUCAUAACUCAGAAGACCCCACCCGAUCCCCCUCCCCUCCCCAAAACUCCCACACCAAUCGCUUCCUCCCUCCCCUCCGCAACCCCCGCGGCUUCUCCCGCCGUUACCACGGCCUAUCCACGCUCUUCAGCCCCUCCUCCACCAGCGGCAUGGGCACUCAUGCCAAUGUCGAAGAUCAUAUUUAUACGCUGCGCGGGCUGCGCCGUUCGCGCCACGAGCGCGAUGCGAAUAUGACGGCAAGAGGUGCAAUUGAAGGGCAGGACGAGGAGGGGGAGGCAUCACUAUCUUCUCCCGGAGCAGGUGCGGCGGAGGAUAGGUCCAGGAGGAGUCGGCUAUGGCGGUUGAGGGGGAGGUUUUUGUCCCGGUCGCGGUCCCGGACGAGCGUGAGUUCGUAUGCGGAGGCGGACGCGGACGCGGAGGCGGACGUUAUGCGGCAAGCAACGACUGCCACAGUGUUGAAUUCUCCCGGUAUCGAUACUGGUGCUGGUGCCGCGAAUCCGUCUGGUGAUGCUCAGGUUGCAGAUCCGACACCACAAGUUACAACAGCGACGACAACGACGGCGACGACGACGACGACGAAUACAGCGCCAACUUAA